AGACGCUAAUCGACCUGUAUUCAGUAGACGACUGUUAUACUAUAUAAUUAUUAUCACGAUGGAACUUCGGGACUGAACUUUAAUAAUUUUUUGUGAUGCUGGCAGAAGGAAAAUUUUUAGUUGGAAAAACUUGUACUGUGAGUCAAUUGAUUUUCUUAGUGUUUGAAAAAAUCAACCUACAAUUUUUCUGAAGUAUACAAUGAAAAAUGAAAUCCUCAACGUUUUUUUGAACUACAUUUAUUAUUUAGCAUUAGGAAUGUAAAUCGAAGAAUUGCAGUGAAAGUUAGAAUGAUAAAAAACUAACAAAUGAAAACUAAGCAAUUUUUGUUUUCUCUAUAACACUACUUGAAAUUAUGCACGUCAUUUCGGGUUUAUCUGUUGGUGUGAUAGAAUUCUUUGAGUGUCGAGAAAGCAACUCUCAAACAUAUGUUGUGAAGUAGAACAUUGUCCAAACAUAUGUUGUGGUGAAGAAGAAUAAUGCCAAAGCAUAUAUAGUUGUAGUGACGAAGAACAUUGCACAAACAAAUAAAGUGGUGAAUACGAGAGGCGUAUAAUGUACUGUAAAAUCUAAUAAUAUCAAUCCGUUGUCGAGGCAAUUUGACUUACGUUUGUUUUAUCAACUGUGGUACAUAAUGAUGUGAAAAAUUAUUUAAUUCAUUUGGCACACUUUUUUUGAAGUAUGCCUUUUGCACGUAUUCUGAAAUUUUUUGACCCAUGCAUAACUGAAGGAACAAGAUUUCACAUUCGUCAACUCCUCAUCAAUACGUCAGUAUUCAAUCUACAAUCUUCCGUCCACACUGUAUCAAUACGUCCAGUUUUCAGUCCACAAUCUUCCGUCCACACUGUAUCAAUACGUCCAGUGUUCAGUAACAAUCUUCCGUACACAUUGUAUUGAUACGAUAAGUAACUAUCUUCCGCGCAAAAAACAACAUCAAUUUCCUCAAUUGCCAACACCCAGCCAUCGUACCAGCGAUGGGCAGCAGAUCGUUAUUAAGAACAGGUGACAGUUCCUCGACUCCUCCCUCUCCUCUCCCUCCUGCUCCUCCCCUCACCUACAAACGACUCCUCAUGAGUUCAGGAGCUACCCUCACAUCCAUGCCUCUCUUCCCCUCACACGUGGCCCUCUGGGGAGGAGUAGUCAAACUUAUACUCGGUGUUGCCGUGGCCGGGGUGUGGGGAGUGAGUUAUGCCAUCGAUGCUCGGUUCUCAUCCCUCGGAGGGGGGCUGUGGGUGGGGGCUGUCGUCUCGCUGUCGGGCUUCCUUUCUGUAUGCGGGGCGCGGCGCCCCAACUCGCAGGUGUACCUGGUGAGCUUGUGUGUGGGGGCGCUGUCGCUGCUGGCGUCAGGUCUGCUGCUGCUGCUGUCACUUGCUGCGGCCGCGGCUGACGCUGGUGCUGCUAGCCCGCCGCUCUUCCUGACGCAGCUGGAGUGGAGGCAGCCGUCCGGAUCGAGCUCGUCCGGACCUGCGGAGACCGGGAGUGUCGCGGCGUCUGCCACGCUGUGUCUGCUCGCCGUGGCAGACUGCGUCGUGUCUGCUCUCUGCAUCACCAUAGCAGCCAGACAACUCUGCAGGAUCUGCAUUGUGCGGGCGGGACCAGGCGGACGCUGGAGACUUGCUGAGGGCCACAGCCGCAAGGAGCGCCUGUACCGCUGGUUGGGGCAACAGAAGACCAUCUUCCCCAUAGGCACAACUACAAGCGGAGCUCUCCGGUCGGGAGCUAGCAUUCCGUCCGUGAGUCAUUUCGUUCCGUUAACGGAAUCCUCACCAUCACCUUCACUAUCCAGUCCAAAGAACGUCAACACCGCUGCGUAUUUCAUGCAUCCUGCCGUUGCCCCCAGCCAACCUGCGGAUCAAGAUCCAUUUAUGUUGGCCCGCCCAUUGAAACUCAAUGACCCCUCUAGUGCUGUCACACGGCAUGGUUGUGUGGAUGACGUUCACCCAAGUAACAACGCACUGAAACCUUCUCAUCAUAACACCUUUUCUAAGUUUGCAAACUUGGGUAAUUUCCACGCGAAGAAACGGAAGCUACAUGAAAGAGAUGCACACCAAUACUGGGACAGCCCGCAGCUCAAGAAAGUCCCGACUCACGCGAUCAAGUCUCACCAUCUUGUGUCAUGUCGGGACACUCAAUCCACAGCUCGUAGUAAUAACUUAAAUGCUCUCAGCCACAGUCAAUCGUGCUUGGCGACGCCUAGAAGUUUACCUUUUCCCAGAUUUCCACGAUCGGCUCCUCCAGUGCGAAUUUCACGUAAGAAUUUAUGGUACAUUCCUCACGCGACCUCUAUUCCUGGUUUCGCUAAACCCAAGAGUGUUUUAUCUGCAGCACCUUCGCUUCACUCAUAUUACUCAGAUCCACGAUCCCAGUACUCAUUGCCUUAUUAUUACAAAGAGCACACGGCACCCCGAUACUAUUCAGCCAGUGAAGGAUAUUACGGACGUCGCCCCGUACAUCUCAUUUCUCGGGACUUCCAUGCCACACAAAACGGCCAGAUUUCUUUGGCGCAAAAAUCCGGGUACGGCUACGCGACAACAUUCAGCUACGUUAACCCCUCUACCAUCAGCUAUGGGAACAAUUCUACGUUUAGGCACGCUAACCGUUCAGCCUUUAUCUACGCCAGCCCUUCUACGCUCAGCUGGCCGUACGUGACAGCAGCAGCAGCGAACUCCACGUACGGCUGUGCUUCUCAAACGCCGCCUCGGUGCUCGCAGGCGCAUGGAUGUCCUAAACAAAGAAGCGAACGCAAGCUAUGCAGAAAAGACCGCCUUCGUCGACGCCACACGGCAGGUCCCGACGCCAGCGCCGCCCGCAGUAAGCGCCGCGGCAGACGCGACGUGUCAGCGGACGAUGAGCGCGACCACAAACGCAAGAAAAACGUCGAGUUAACCGAUGAUCAAAUCGACAGAACAUAUACUGGAUUAGACAGAGCCAUUGCCGAGGUCUUUAUUGAUUCCACCAUGAAGACGUCAAGUAGAUGAUGGUAGGAACAAGUGAUGCAGGAACUUGUAGCCUUAACAUUUUGUAUUGGCUUGCUAAUUUUUUUUCAUGAGAUGCUUAUGAAUGAGUUACAGAAACUAGCAACUAGUUCAGAUGCUGAGUGUAGAAGUGCUCUGCUGUCCAAUAUAUAACGAUGCAACGCGUCACAACGAAGAUUAGGACUGGAAGUGACAAAAAAAUACAUUGAAGCGUUAACUUUUGAUGAGUAAUUGUUGAUAUAUCUGAGUAAUCGUUUUAUGAUAAUAAUUAUUAUCAUAUAUUAUUAAGCUACUGUCUGCUCGAAUAUGAUUGCUUUUAACACUCUACCGCCGUAUGUCACUCUCCGGGAACAUAACUUUCAACUUAAAUUAUACAUAAACUAUUUAUUGUAGCAACCUGAAAACGUUUAAACGCAAAAGAACAUUUUUCGUACAUUUGUCGUAGUUGUCGUACGUGGCGGCAACCAUCAGUGCAAGUCAUUUUGCGCUCACUAGAACGUGUCUUUUUAGAUUUUGACACUAUAAUUAUUGUUUCGGUUACUCA